AUGUAGAGUAUAAUUUAAGGACAGUUUUGACAAAAAACUGAUAUAAUUCCCUAAUAAAAACCUAGAUGGAAUUUGAAGAUUUUUUUUAGUUGUAUAGCAAAAUGCCGAUUGUUCAUAAAGCAUCCACAAUUGAACCACCGCUGCAAUCGGCGUCGUGGGCUGAGCUUCCGGUGGAAAUUACUAUGGACAUUCUGCAGCGUUUGGGAACGGUAGAGAUAGUGGAGAGUGCUCAGAGGGUUUGUAGUACUUGGUGGAAGGUUUGCCAUGAUCCUGCUAUGUGGCGUGUUAUUGACUUGAAAUAUGACCCUAAUAGUGACAUGCGUGGUGUGUUGAAUAAGAUAUGUCGGAUUGCGGUGGAUCGUAGCCAGGGCCAAUUACUCAAAAUUAGCAUUGGUAGCAAAGACCUGCUCAAUUACAUUGCUGAGAGAUCAAGUCAGCUCAGACAUCUCCGACUUGUCAACUGUGGUAACGUUGCUGGAGCUUUGGUUUCAGCUGCCAAGAAUUUCCCUUUGUUGGAGGAGUUGCACACUCACUUGACCUUUAUUACUGCAGAGGAUAUACAAAGUGUAGGUCGUUAUUGCCCUCUGCUUAAGUCAUUUACAUUGAAUGCCAGUAGAAUUGGAUAUUCACUGUCUACAGAUGAUGCUCAAGCGCUAGCUAUUGCUAAAAGUAUGCCUGAAUUGCGACACCUUGCUCUACUUUUGAAUCCAUUGACAAAUGUAGGACUUCAAGCCAUUCUUGAUGGCUGUCCACACCUUGUAUCGCUUGACUUGCGUCACUCUAAUGUUAAUCUUGAAGGGGAUUUAGGAAGAAGAUGCAGGCAACAAAUUGUUGAUCUAAAGCAACCUCAUGAUUCCACUCAUGAUUAUGAAUUUGAUUCAAAAAUACAUUAUUACUAUGGAUGCUGGUCCUAUGAUGAAUACGAAUACCAAGACUAUCUUAGCAAUAUUGUUCGUUACAUUGAUAGUGAAAAUGAAAACUGGUAACUUACAGAAUGUCAUGAAGAAAGAAAUUUACCCACCAUUAUUUCAUCUUUCUUCCAUUUUUUGUCUUCACAGAUGACUAAAUGUAUUUUGUUUUAGAACAUAUCUGGUGGUUGCAUUGGUUUAUUUGCUAGAAUUUGCUUGGGAGAACAUGUGGUGUAUUUACUACUCCUAGUAAAGUUUAAAUGAUACUUGUGAAAGGAUUAUUUAGACAAAUAUAGAGCGACUACUAAUUUUACAUGA